UUUGUAUUGUUGUGACGUUAUGAACCGCCCCUACUGGACAUCUGUGAAAAAUAGCUUUAUAGCUCUCCUGCAGUAUAAGUAUAUUUCUGAUGUAACCCGCAUGCAUGCCCAGCCACCGCAUGCUCAAGCAGCUUCUGUUUGGCCGUAUAGAGGGGGCUAAACGGGUGCAGUAUGGGCUUGAUACGAGAUGGACUGAUGUGGUACAGAAGGAUGUGGAGCUGAGUGGACUUGCCGAUGACCGUCACCAGCGGUGUCAAUAUCGGCCUCUGUGGAAGAUGCUCGCGAAGGAUGCUACUGGGCAGUUGAAGGCAGCCACCCUUCAACAACAAUGAAGGGCAAUGGAGCGACAUUAACAACGAGCGGAGUCAAGGUCUCCACGGUGUAGAGGCUGUCUCUGGGUCCAGGUUUCUGCGGUGUAGAGGCGGUCUCUUCAUUCAGGUCUCCAUGGUGUAGAGGCUGUCUCUAUGUUUAGGUCUCCAUGGAGAUGGACGCAGUGUGCCCCUGGGUUCCACCAGCUGCUGCUGCGCUGGAGAUGGCGCUCGUGAAGCAGGAGGAGCAGACGCCAUGGGCGCAGGCGGUGGUGAAGCUGGAGGACGGCUGUGCGGAGAGCUCAGGCGAUGCAGCGUGGCUGGGAGUUAAGGUGAAGAGCGAAGCCUCAGAAGUGGAGGAGGAGGAGCGCGAUGCUGCUGACGGUGACGCAGGGCUUUUGGAGGAACAGGACGCACGCGGGGACCGCUCCUGGGCGGAAGUCGAGGUGGAGCUGGAGGGCGACUCCAAUAAUAGUGAGCAGCCAGAGGACGGAGUGGACGGCGCCAACUUCCCCUGCCUGCUGUGUGGCCGCGAGUUUGGCCGCCAGAGAUCGCUGCGCCAGCACGAGCGGUGGCACCGGCGCACGGCGGUGGUGGCCCUUCGCCCCGAGGGACUCGGCGAUGACGACAACGCCAACGCCGACCUCCCGGGCCAGCCGGACGUCCGCGCCAUGGAGAGGCUGCACGGCUGCACCAUCUGCGACAAGGUGUUCAAGCGCAAGAAGUACCUGGUCGUGCACCAGAGGACGCACACAGGCGAAAAGCCAUACGCCUGUGCCGAGUGCGGCAAGGCAUUCGCGCAGAAGGGCCACCUGCGCAUGCACCUGCGGUCGCACAGCGGCACGAAGCCAUACGCGUGCGGUGUGUGCGAGAAGGCGUUCCCCAGGAAGGAGCGUCUGCUCAUUCACCAGCGGACGCACACCGGCGAGAAGCCCUACGUGUGCACAGUGUGCGAGAAGGAGUUUGCCCGCAAGGAGCACCUCCUCGUGCACCAGCGCACGCACACCGGCGAGAAGCCAUUCAAGUGCCUCCUGUGCGAGAAGGCAUUCACGCAGAAGAAGUACCUGCAGUUUCAUGAGGGAAACCACUCCGGGCGGACAGAGAAACCCCACGUGUGCGUGGUGUGCGACAAGGCCUUCAAGAAGUCCGAGUACCUCCAGAUCCACAGGAGGACGCACACGGGGGAGAAGCCCUACAAGUGUGCGCAGUGCAACAAGGCGUUUGUGCAGAUGGGCGACCUGCAGAGGCACCGGAGGACCCACACGGGCGAGAGACCCUACAGGUGCACAUUCUGCGAGAAGGCGUUCGUCCAAAAGGGCGAUCUGCAGAGACAUGUGAGGACCCACACGGGCGAGAAGCCGUACAAGUGCCCCACGUGCGAGAUGGCGUUUACGCAGAAGAAAUAUCUGCUGAUCCACCUGAGGAACCACACGGGCGAGAAGCCCUACGUGUGCGAUGUGUGUGACAAGGCCUUCAAGAAGUCCGAAUGCUUGCAGGUCCACCAGAGGACGCACACGGGGGAGAAGCCUUACAAGUGCGCCCUGUGCGAGAAGGCAUUUGUGCAGAAGGGCGACCUGCAGAGGCACCAGACAAUUCACUCUGGGGAGAAGCCAUACAGCUGCCACGUCUGCAGCAAAGCAUUCACGCGCAAGGGCUACCUGCUCAUCCACCAAUGGACCCACGCACCACAGAAGGGGAAAACUCCGGUGAAGUGAGCCCAGAAAGAGAUUUCCAAACUCGACGAAGAACGACGGCAAGAUAUAAAGCCUACCUGUCCACCCCUGCUGUGUUUACUCCUCCUGCGCGUCGCGUGGCUCAUCGUGCAGUCAGUCAGUCGCCAUGCCUGAUCCUCCCAUUUCCCCACGUUUCUGCACCAGGAGAGUCACUGCAGGUGUUUUACCUUUUAACUUGGAAUGUGCAGAUGUUUUGUAAAUAUAUGUAUUAUUAACGUGGUGGAGCGUUGUCACAUUCUGCACUGCCUAUCAGUCUUAUGCUGGGUUUGUAGGCAAUGGGCUUGCAGUCUGGUCUCUGAUAUGUUUCUACGCUGCACUGGAGUCUGUGAUGUGUGAGAUUGCUGGAGUAAAGUGGAGAGGCUGUUGCACCAACAA